AUGGAGCACCUCUCAUUGAACGAACCUCCUGCACACCCUUCUUCGCCACGGAGACAGGGCCAGGUACAACAGCACCCACACCAGCAGCAGCAGCAGCAGCAGCAGCAAAAUGCAGUAUUUCCAGGCCCGUCGGCGCCUCAAGGCGCCCCUCAGCUGCCCCCGCAGAUGUUCACCACGGCGGCUCAAUUGCUCGAUCUAACAGAUAAGAAACUUCUCCUCGUCCUUCGUGACGGGCGUAAAAUCUUUGGCGUCCUCCGCAGCUGGGACCAGUUCGCCAACCUCGUCCUCACCGAGACCAGAGAGCGGUACUUUGUGACGGCGCCGCCCUCGGUCUCGACCUCGACGAAUCCGCACACCGACAGCACGAUCACGCCUUCCGAGUCGCAACAACACGCGCGAAAUCUAUACUGCGAUAUCCCGCGCGGGACGUUUUUGGUCAGAGGCGAGAACGUGCUCCUGCUGGGCGAGGUGGAUCUCGACAAGGAUGACGACCCGCCGCCAGGUUAUGAGGAGGGAGAUGUGGAGGAGGUGUUUCGCUUGCAGAAGGAGGCCGAACAGGAGAGGAAGCGGAGAGAUAAGGCGAGGGGAAAGAGAACCGCGUGGAGGGAUCCAGAGGGGAGUGGGGAGGUGCUUUUCUGA